AUGUCGCAGCGUGUGGGCAAUACAUCCCUCGCAUUCUCUCGGAUGUGGCAUCAUGUGGAUGCACGCGAGAGGGUGCUUGGUCAUCUUGCCCGCUCCAUCGCAGUGACGCUGAUGGGCAAGCACAAGCCCUUGUACGACCCUGCCGUCGACGCUGGCGAUUAUGUCGUAGUCACGAAUGCGUCGCACAUUGCAGUCACGGGCAAGAAAGCAGACCAGAAACUGUACCGCCACCAUACGAUGUACCCAGGCGGUCUGAAGGAAAUUCCGUUCAACACCAUGCUGCAGAAGAAGCCGGAAGAGAUUAUCCGCCGUGCCGUUUCGGGCAUGCUGCCUAAGAAUAAGUUGCGCGAUCGCCGCUUGGAGCGGCUCAAGAUAUUUCCUGACGACACGAAUCCAUACGAGGCAAACAUUGUGAAGCGGUACGGUGUCUCACAGGCAUGGUCAUGA